AUGCCUGCCGCCGCACCGCCAGGCUCCAAAAUCCCCUCCACAAUCCCCGACUCUAAGCCUCUCCCACGCCUCCUCUGCCUCCACGGCGGCGGCGUCAACGCCGCCAUCUUCGAAGCGCAGUCGCGCUCGCUCAUUCGCCACCUACAACACUCGUUCCGCCUCGUCUGGGCCGACGGGCCCUUCUUCUGCGACCCGCAUUCCGACGUUAUCCACGUCUACGGCUCGUACGCGCCGUUCCGCCGCUGGCUGCGAUGGUUGCCCGACCACGCAGAGAUCGAUGCGGAGAGCUGCAUUGACGAGAUUGGGUAUUCGAUACGCACUGCGAUGGAGGAUGAUGACAGGGAAGGCGGACGAGGAGAGUGGGUUGGGCUGGUGGGGUUCAGUCAGGGGGCCAAGCUGAGUGCGAGUUUGCUGUUGGAGCAGCAGGCGAGGGAGGAGAAGGCGAGGAGGGAGAGGAAGAACGACAUUGGCGUCGGCCCGAUUGGCGUGCCGGGCUUGAAUUGGCGGUUUGGCAUUUUGCUUGCGGGACGCGCGCCGUUGAGUAAUUUGAACCCCGAGGUGUUGACGAGUCGGGCGCUGGUUAGUGCGGGGGAUAUUUCAGAGGGGUUUCAGUUUGUGGAGGAGGUGGAUGGAGAGGCGAUAUUGAGGAAGCCGACAGUGCAUGUGCAUGGGAUGGCGGACGCGGGGCUGCAUCUUCACAGGAAGCUGUUGGAUGAAUAUUGUGAGGAGGGGAGUACGACGCUGAUUGAGUGGGAGGGGGCGCAUAGGAUACCGAUUAAGAGUAAGGAUGUGGAGAGGGUCAUGGGCGCUGUGUAUGAUGUUGCGGAGAAGACGGGGGUGAAGGUUACGAGGACGGUGUGAGGUGCUCGCUGGAGGUGCUCGCUACCUAGGUAUGUGUAUUGAUUUUAUCACUUGUUCCGAUACCUUGGACGUGUAGACGAUUCCCUUCUCAGUUCUGAGGUAAAAGGGUAUUUGCGACAGUCACAGCCCUGCCACAGAGGCAUUGCUUGGAGCUUACAACUUAGCGAUGCU